CCCUGCCCCCUGUGACAUUUUGUCUCUCUGUAUGAUUCUUUGUGUCGCCUGUGCCUACCGGUUUCUUCACUUCAUUUCUGCUCCGUGUCUUUCUAUUUUGGGUUUAGAAUGAGCGCCAGGCUUUGGACUGAGGAGCAGUUUAACUGCCCAGUGUGUCUGGACCUGCCCCAUGACCCGGUCACCAUCCCCUGUGGCCACAGCUACUGCAUGGAGUGCAUCAAGGACUACUGGGGCAAGGAUGACCACAUCGGGAUCUACAGCUGUCCCCAGUGCCGGCAGACCUUUUGCCCCAAACCCUCGCUGUCCAGGAACACCAUGCUGGCGGAGGCAGUGGAGCAGCUGCGGCGCGGAGCCUCUCGGGCCUCGAUCACGAGCAUCCGCAGGCCCCGUGCCGCUCAGAACUCCUCCGGCUCCUCUUCGGCUCCCCGCUCCUCCUCCUCCUCCACGUUCGUCCCCUGCGACGUGUGCCAGGGAGACCCGCACCCUGCGGUGAAGACUUGCCUGGUGUGCCUGGCGUCUUACUGUGAGACCCACCUGAAGCCCCACUGCCAGGCGCCCGCGCUCAAGAGGCACGAGCUCAUCAGCCCCACAGGGCAGCUGACGCAGAAGAUCUGCGCCCAGCACAAGUACCUGCAGGAGUUCUACUGCCGCCGCUGCCAGGCCUUCAUCUGCUGGCUAUGCACCAGCAACCAGCACAAGGACCACGAGACCGCCUCCACGCAGGCUGUUCGGGUUGAACGGCAGAAGGAAUUGGGUGACGUGCAGACAGAGACUCAGGUGAAGCUGCAGGAAAGAGAGAAGGAGCUGAAGGAAAUGAAGAAAGUUGUGGAGUCACUCAAGCGCUCAGCAGACAGGGUGCACGCCGACACUGAGCUCGUUCUGACCGAGCUGCAGCGCUCGGUGGAGCGGCUGCAGGAGCUGGUGGAGGAGGUGAUGGACUCCAUUGGGCAGGAAAAAUUAAGGGAGGCCCAGGAGGUUGUGGAGAAACUGGAGGCCGAAAUUAGGGAGCUGAAAAGGAAGGACUCAGAAAUGAAGGAUCUAAUCACUUGCGAGGAUAACAUCCAUUUUCUGCAGAACUGCAAGUCUCUCUGCAGCCCCCCGGAGGCGGGGGAGCUGCCCACUGUGACAGCCAAUCCCGAUGCCUCCUUUGAACCCGUGCGCACGGCCAUGCUGGAUCUGCGGGAUAAAGUGGAGGACCUUUGCAACCAGGAGCUGAGCCAGGCCACCAAGACAGUGAAUGACUUGGUGGCUUUCACCCUGGUAGACAACAAAGCCAAUAAGAAUGCUGCCCCAAGGUUCAAGUUUGAGUUCUUAAAAAUAUUUUCAGGACUGGGCUCCAAGACCGCAGAGAAACGCGACCCAGCACCUGCAGCUCCCUCUGUAGGGGUCCGAAGCGCUGAAAGACGAGGACCAGUGUCCGGUGUGCGCAGCCAGGAUGUCAGGAGCAGGGAGGAGCCACGAGCAGAAAGAGGCUCGGGUGGUACUCGAGACGUGGGAAGGAGAGUCCAAGCAAGAGAUGUGGUGUCCAGCCAGCAGGGUGAGAUGGAACCUCGGAGGAGAGCUAACCCCUCCCCUACCCCCCCUGCAGCUGAUGCUGUGGCAGGAGACGUUGUGGGACUUCAGGGAAUGGUUGCAGGAAACCUCUUCCUCCAGGCUCAGCCCACACAAAUUGGCAAUACAGCAGGACUCAACACAUGGGGUGCUGGCGCAGGGAUGGCUGCAACAGCUGCCUUGGUGGAACAAGGGGUGCCCAAUCCCAGUCUCUUCCUGGACUCUCCGUCUGAGGCCCUGCCGACCCAUGCAUUCCCAGCACUGAGAGAAAUCCCCAUCCAGAGCCUGCAAGCUCCAGCGCCCAAGAGCAGAGCAGAGUUUUUACAAUACGCCUGCAGGCUGACCCUGGACCCCGACACCGCACAUCGCCGCCUCUGCCUGUCUGAGGGCAACACCAAGGCCACCCUGCAGGGCACCACGCAGCCCUGCCCGGACCUUCCACAGCGGUUCGACAGCUGGACCCAGGUGCUGUGCCGGGACGCCCUGCCGGGUGACCGCUGCUACUGGGAGGUGGAGUGGCGCGGGCGGGGCUCCUCGGUGGGCGUGGCCUACUCGGCCAUCGCGCGAAAAGGAGGGGACGCCCGCGCGGGGCUAGGCUACAACGCGCUGUCUUGGAGCCUGGAGCUAUCAGACACCUGCUGCUGCGCCAUGCACCACAAUGAGAAGCACGACAUUGCUGUGGGCUACACCCCGCGCGUGGGAGUCUUCCUGGACCGGAGGGCCGGGACGCUGGCCUUCUACAGUGUGUCAGACAACAUGGCGCCCCUGCACACCUUCCAGGGCAGCUUCGUGGAGCCCCUCUUCCCCGCGUUCGGGGUGGGCAGCGGCGUCGGUGUUGGCCUGGACUUUGCCCUCGGUCAGUUCAGCUCGCUUUCUGACAGUAUCAAGAUCUGUCCUAUUUGAGCCUUUCUGGGCCCGUCAGUACUGCUAAACACUGGCCCUAAUUUCAAUGUUAAAUUCAGACAAAUACUUUAAAUGAUCAAGUUUCAUUA